CUGGAAAAACUUUAGUAAAGAAUGAAGCAAAUCUUUUUAAUAGUACAGGUUGUCGCUUUUUUGUGUAUAGCAAGUAUCAAUGGCAGUGGGAGUAGUGGGGGAAGUGGAAGUGGUGGAAAUAGUACCAGUGGAAGUGGAACAAGUGGAAGCGGAACAAGUGGAAGCGGAACAAGUGGAAGCGGAACAAGUGGAAGUGGAACAAGUGGAAGCGGAACAAGUGGAAGCGGAACAAGUGGAAGCGGAACAAGUGGAAGCGGAACAAGUGGAAGCGGAACUAGUGGAAGCGGAACUAGUGGAAGCGGAACUAGUGGAAGCGGAACAAGUGGAAACGGAACUAGCGGAAGUGGAAGUAAUGUAAAUAGUACCAGUGGAGUUAGUGGCAAUGGGACCAGUGGGUCUGGAAGUAGUGUAAAUGGAAGCGGAACUGUGCCGCAAAACAGUUCGUGUAUAAUGACUACUCGCGGAGGAAAUUCAAACGGUUCGUGUUGUUACUUUCCUUUUAUCUAUCAGCAAAAGAUUUACAACAACUGUACAGCAAACCUAAGUAACUCUUUUUGGUGCGCAACGACAUCUAAUUUUGAUAAAGAUGGCAUGUGGGGUUAUUGUUACGGUAUUUGGUCAGAUUGGAGUGAAUGGUCUGAUUGCAAUGUGUCUUGCGGGAUUGGAGUUAUGAAUAAAUCAAGAAUUUGUUUAAAUGAUAGCAAUUUAUGUGUUGGUGAAAGUUAUAAUAUAACAACAUGUUUUAGCAACAUAAGUUGUGCAGGUGUAUGGUCAGAUUGGAGUCAAUGGUCUGAUUGCAAUGUGUCUUGUGGUAUUGGAGUUAUGAAUAAAUCAAGAAUUUGUUUCAAUGAUAGCAAAUUAUGUGUUGGUGAAAGUUAUAAUAUAACAACGUGUUUUAGCAACGUAAGUUGCGCAGGUGUAUGGUCAGAUUGGAGUCAAUGGUCUGAUUGCAAUGUGUCUUGUGGUAUUGGAGUUAUGAAUAAAUCAAGAAUUUGUUUCAAUGAUAGCAAAUUAUGUGUUGGUGAAAGUUAUAAUAUAACAACUUGUUUUAGCAACGCAAGUUGUGCAGGUGUAUGGUCAGAUUGGAGUCAAUGGUCUGAUUGCAAUGUGUCUUGUGGUAUUGGAGUUAUGAAUAAAUCAAGAAUUUGUUUCAAUGAUAGCAAAUUAUGUGUUGGUGAAAGUUAUAAUAUAACAACUUGUUUUAGCAAUGUAAGCUGUCCAGGUUUAUGGUCAGAUUGGAGUGAAUGGUCUGAUUGCAAUGUGUCUUGUGGUAUUGGAGUUAUGAAUAAAUCAAGAAUUUGUUUCAAUGAUAGCAAAUUAUGUGUUGGUGAAAGUUAUAAUAUAACAACUUGUUUUAGCAACGUAAGUUGUGCAGGUGUAUGGUCAGAUUGGAGUCAAUGGUCUGAUUGCAAUGUGUCUUGUGGUAUUGGAGUUAUGAAUAAAUCAAGAAUUUGUUUCAAUGAUAGCACAUUAUGUGUUGGUGAAAGUUAUAAUAUUACAACAUGUUUUAGCAAUCUAAGCUGUGCAGGUGUAUGGUCAGAUUGGAGUGAAUGGUCUGAUUGCAAUGUGUCUUGUGGUAUCGGAGUUAUGAAUAAAUCAAGAAUUUGUUUUAAUGAUAGCAAAUUAUGCAUUGGUGAAAGUUAUAAUAUCACAACUUGUUUUAGCAAUUUAAGCUGUGCAGGUGUAUGGUCAGAUUGGAGUCAAUGGUCUGAUUGCAAUGUGUCUUGUGGUAUUGGAGUUAUGAAUAAAUCAAGAAUUUGUUUCCAUGACAGCACACUAUGUGUUGGUGAAAGUUAUAAUAUAACAACUUGCAAUAUAAGCUGUGCUGGUGUUUGGUCAGAUUGGAGUCAAUGGUCUGAUUGCAAUGUGUCUUGUGGUAUGGGAGUUAUGAAUAAAUCAAGAAUUUGUUUCAAUGAUAGCAAAUUAUGUGUUGGUGAAAGUUUUAAUAUAACAACUUGUUUUAGCAAUGUAAGCUGUGCAGGUGUUUGGUCAGAUUGGAGUGAAUGGUCUGAUUGCAAUGUGUCUUGUGGUAUUGGAGUUAUGAAUAAAUCAAGAAUUUGUUUCAACAAUAGCAAAUUGUGUGUUGGUGAAAGUUAUAAUAUAACAACAUGUUUUAGCAACAUAAGCUGUGAAGGUAUUUGGUCAGAUUGGAGUGAAUGGUCUGAUUGCAAUGUUUCUUGUGGUAUUGGAGUUAUGAAUAAAUCAAGAAUUUGUUUCAAUGAUAGCAAAUUAUGUGUGGGUGAAAGUUAUAAUAUAACAACUUGUUUUAGCAACGUAAGCUGUGCAGGUAUUUGGUCAGAUUGGAGUCAAUGGUCUGAUUGCAAUGUUUCUUGUGGUAUUGGAGUUAUGAAUAAAUCAAGAAUUUGUUACAAUGAUAGCAAAACUUGUGUUGGUGAAAGUUAUAAUAUAACAACUUGUUUUAGCAACAUAAGCUGUGCAGGUAUUUGGUCUGAUUGGAGUGAAUGGUCUGAUUGCAAUGAAUCUUGUGGUGUUGGAGUUAUGAAUAAAUCAAGAAUUUGUUUCAAUAACGGCAAUUUAUGUAUUGGUGAAAGUUAUAAUAUAACAACUUGUUUUAGCAAUGUAAGCUGUUUAGGUGUUUGGUCAAGUUGGAGUGAAUGGUCUGUUUGCAAUGUGUCUUGUGGUAUUGGAGUUAUGAAUAAAUCAAGAAUUUGUUUUAUUGAUAGCAAGUUAUGUGUUGGUGAAAGUUAUAAUAUAACAACUUGUUUUAGCAAUGUAAGCUGUGCAGGUGUUUGGUCAGAUUGGAGUGAGUGGUCUAAUUGCAAUGUGUCUUGUGAUAUUGGAGUUAUGAAUAAAUCAAGAAUUUGUUUCAACAAUAGCAAAUUAUGUGUUGGUGAAAGUUAUAAUAUAACAACUUGUUUUAGCAACGUAAGCUGUGUAGGUAUUUGGUCAGAAUGGAGUGAUUGGUCUGAUUGCAAUGAAUCUUGUGGUGUUGGAGUUAUGAAUAAAUCAAGAACUUGUUUCAUCGAUAGCAAAUUAUGUAUUGGUGAAAGUUACAAUAUAACAACUUGUUUCAGCAAUCUAAGCUGUCCAGGUGUUUGGUCAGAUUGGAGUGAAUGGUCUGAUUGCAAUGUGUCUUGUGGUAUUGGGGUUAUGAAUAAAUCAAGAAUUUGUUUUAACGAUAGCAAAUUAUGUGUUGGUGAAAGUUAUAAUAUAACAACUUGUUUUAGCAAUGUAAGCUGUGUAGGUGAAUGUGAUUUCUUACUACUGGGGUUUUAUAUGAAUGUCACACAAAGUAUUUUUAAAGAUAUGACUUUUGAAAUGGUUUUUAUAUUUCAAAAAAUAUAUAAUAAUGGUUUUGGAGUUGUACCCAGAGAUAUUGAGUUGGAUUUUGGUGAUGGAACAUUGAGAAAGAUAUCAGAUCAAGAAAUGACAGAAAACCAAUAUUAUUUAAAUUAUUCAACUAUUCAUAGCUAUAAUGAAUGUGGAAAAUACAAAAUUAACUACACUGUUAAACCAUGUAAUACUUCUCACCAAUUUAAUUACUUGGAAAAUAAUUUUAUAAAUAUGACUGUGUUUUGCACUAUGUCACAUUUUACAAUUGCAACAAACCCUGCUUCAGAUUCAUUUCCGUACUUUGUGUUGCCUCUGAAACAAGAAAUAUCAUUAGCAAUAAGUCAGAGUACAGGUUCUUACCUUACCUAUACAGUUAAUUGGGGAGAUAAUGCACUUAAUAUUAGUGAUCAAUCAAGCAGUAAAAAUCCCAUCCCAUUCUCAUUUUCACACACAUAUGAAGGUGUUGGCACUUACGUUAUUGUUGUGGAGGCCAAGAAUGCUUUGCAAGCAAUAAGCGAUAAAAUAUUUAUUCAGAUUCAAAAUUGUUCUUUUCCACAAAUUAUUUUUCAUUAUGGAACAGUAAAAAACCAACUGCAAGUUUUCUACAAUACUACUAAAGAUUUUUCAGCAUAUAUAAAAAAAGUAGAUAAUCUAUGUAAUUCAACAAAUAUUAGUUUUGAUUGGCUCAUAAAUGGUGAAAAUAUAAAAAUUAAAUCACAUGGAGUUUUGACUGACAAUAAAAUAGUAUAUUCUAUUGGAGAUGAUUUAGAUUAUGGUUCUUAUACUUUGUCAUUGUUUUUUACAUAUAAUAAACUUACUACUGUUUAUAUUUCUUACUUCAUAAUUGUUGGUUUGCCUUUUUACAUUGAAAUUGAAAAUGGUGAGUUUCAUACUGUUGCUUACAAGGAAUUGGUGAGCAAUGAAUGGUAUCAUAGAAUAUUUACACUUAGUGCCCUUGUAAGCAUUGAUACAAACCCUCCUAAAGUAGAAUAUGAAACAGUACUAUACAAUUGGAGAUGCAAACUUGCAAGUAAUUUAUCGUUUGCUCAAGAUAGUUUAAUGGCUCAUAAGAAUGUAAACUCAACUUCCAUUUCUUGUUUUAAUCAAUCAUGGAUGGAUUUAGAAUUGUUUGGUCCAGAAAUUGUAUUGAACACAGAAAAAUUCUUAGAGGGAGUUACUUAUCAGUUCCAAGUUGUUGGUACACUUCUUGUUGGAAAAUAUUUACAGUUUAACUCUUUUAUACAAGAAAUUUUUUUUAGUCCUGGUGAUUUACCUAAAGGAAAGAUAAUUUGCAUUACAAAUUGUGGUAAAAAGUUGAAUAUAAGAGAUCAUUUGAUUUAUAUGUUUACGUGCAUGGACUGUGAUGAAAAUCUAUUGACAUAUUCUUGGCAAAUAUUAACUGAUGAUCAUCAAUGGCCUGAAGAGCUACUUCAAGAAAAUUCAACAACAACAGGGUUCAGAGGUUGCACUCUUGUAAUAAAUGUUGAAACUUUAGUGGCAUCUAAAAAUUACACAUUCACAUUAGCUGUUAGUUAUGUUGGAUCAUCUUAUAAUGCUUUGUUCAAAAUAAAAAAGGAAACUUCAUCAUUACCUAUUCCAGGAAGCUGUUUUAUUAGUCCCCAGAUAGGAUACACGAUUCUUACAAAAUUUAAAAUUGUUUGUCAAGAUUGGAAAGAUAAAGAACAAAGUAUAUUUAAGUACAAUUUUUAUUAUGACAUUGGUACCCCUGAAAAGUUUUCAAUCACUUCAAAUGAAAAUAUGGGUUAUCCAUUAUUAAAUGCAAAAUCUACUGAAGAACCAUUUCUGAUUGACUUUGUAUUACCUCCUGGUAAAAUAUAUAAAAAUUUUACAAUUGUGAUACUUAUCAAAGUGAUUGGUUUUUAUAAUGCUUUUACGCGCUAUCAUGAUCUAUAUGUUCAGGUGUUACCAUUUGAAAACAAAUUAAGUAUUUCAAACAUAUUUUCUACAAUCAACACACAUUACACUAACACAAUGUCAAGCUUUCUUCAAGCUGUAUGUCAUUAUGUAAAUGAGAAUUCAUACACUGUAAAGAGUUUAAAGGUAGAUAGUUUUGACAACAUCACAGGUUUUACUGGUGUUAAUAGAGAGUUACUACUUGAAAAAGAAAAUAUGCUGGUUCAACUGCAAAAUGCUCGCAGUAAAGUUGUUGAUUUACUUAUAUUGGCACCAUUAAACAGUUUAAAUGAAAUAAAAGAUGUUGGUGAUAUUUUAUCAGUGGUGUUAGAUGUUCCUGAAGAGUUGAUUCCACAGACUGUGAUUAAUUCUAUUGAUAUUGUCACAAAAAUGGCUUCAUUGCUAUCAGAAGAAAAUAUCAAAAAUGUUGGUCCUCAUGUUUUUGAUUUUAUCACUCAACCUUACAUCACUUCUAUAUCAAAUUUGUUUGAUGCAAUUUCUUAUUCAACUAAUUCAGUUGACCCCAAAAGUGGAAAUGAAUUCGCAACAUCUAAAAAGAUUAACGAAGGAUCAUUAAAAUUAUUACAAUCUUUGGAAGUUUACUUGAAAGCUUUGCAAUACUUUAUUGCAGAAAAUGAAGAUCCAAUAAUGGGUGACACACCUGGGUUUCGUUUUUUUGUAAAAAAAGUUUAUGGAAAUACUGAAGAAAGUACUUCAACAAGUUCAACACAAGUGUAUGAACAAUCAGGGUUUACACUUCCCAGUCUUAGUAGUUUUUUAAAUGAAUCUAUCAAGUACUCUAGCGUUGUUGUUAAUAACAUUAAUAUGAAGAACCAAUUAUUCACAUGGGACUUAGAACGUUCAAAAAAUAUUGUAUCGGAAUCUCAAAUAAUUUAUUUGAGCAUGACAACUGGACAAAAAAUUGAAGUGAAGAACUUAUCAUCAACUGUAAAUAUAUCUAUAAAAAACGUUCCAGAAAAAAUAAAAGGUCAAAAUGUUUCAUUAUUGAUACCAAAUGAUGUUCAAUUGGCUCUACUUGAGUUACAAUCUGUGGAAUGCAAGUUUCUGCUUAAAAUUAAUCCGUUAAAUGACCCACAAAACAGGACUAAUUUGAUUGUUUACAUCCAAUAUGGGAAAGUUCCAACAACAAGUGAUUAUGAUAUUAAACUAAACAUUUCAAAUAGAGAUGGCACAGUUCUCACUUUGGGAAACAACAGUCCAAGUGCAAAUCAUUCUCUAAAUAUUCAAAGAAAUCAAAAAUGCAGACUUAUGGAUGAUGGAUCAGUUAUAAUGUGGGAUUUUAUUAACUCAACGUAUUAUUUUUUAAAUAGAACAAUUCUUUACUUAACAUACUUUUAUAAUGGUCCGAUGCCAGAUAAAAUAUUUGAGAUAAACCCAUAUACAUUUGAUAAAAAGGAAUUUAUAGGGGCAUUUUAUUAUGAAAUAAAAUCUUUUUGUGUCGAAUGCAACUAUUGGAACGAAAAAUUUAAUAAGUGGAUGUCAGAUGGAUGCGAGGUUGAUUUAUUUACAAAUACUUUUUCUAUUACUCAAUGCAAUUGCAAUCAUUUGACUGCAUUUGGUGGAUUUUAUGUUGCACCGAAUAAGUUGCCCAAACCCACUUUGUUGUUAUUAAAAUCUGGUUAUGUUCUGCUUAUUGUUGUUUGCUCUGUUAUUUUUUUGUGGCUUUCAGGGUUAGUGUGUGCAAGAAGAAUUGAUAAAAAUGAUAUUAAAAAAGUUGGAGUUUGUCCACUUGUUGACAAUUGUGACACUGAUUGUUAUUUAUACCAAAUUACUGUUGUUACAGGUAGUCGAAAAAAUGCUGGAACAAAAUCAAAUAUUUUUUUUACAAUAGCUGGAGAAUUAGGAGAUUCAGGAGUUCGACGAUUAAAAGAUUCAAAAAGAGAUUGUUUUCAAAGAUCCAGUGUAGAUGUUUUUAUAAUGACAACAACUAGCUGUUUUGGAGACUUGAACUAUAUGCGAGUUUGGCAUGAUAAUACAGGUGGUGGGUGGUACUUAAGGGAUAUUGAAGUUAUCGACUUGCAAACAGAUAAGUAUUACUAUUUUAUUGCUAAUCGUUGGAUAGCUGUGGAAUAUGGCUCGUUAGAUAUUGUUUUGCCUUUAUGUCAUGAUGAAAACUUAAGAAAUUUCAGUUUUCUUUUUUUUUCAAAAACUCGAAAAGGGUUUACUGAUGACCAUUUAUGGCUAUCAAUAUUUACUCGUUUACCCAUCAGUAGUUUUACAAGAUGUCAAAGAUUAUCAGUUGCCAUCAGUUUAUUAAUGACUUCAAUGGCAUCUAGUGCAAUUUUUUUUGGUAGAGUUCCGCCCAGCAGUCCAGCAACUGAGAAUAAAGUUGGAGCUUUUUCAUUUACGUUAAAGCAGGUUUAUGUAGGAAUGGUUUGUGCAGUUGUUACUGUUCCUGUUAACUUGUUGCUGACUCAAUUAUUUCGCUUGAUUGAACCAGUUUAUCAAAAUGGUAAUAUUUCAAAAAGUCAUGAUCUUUUUAUAGAAAAUAAAGAGUCAAACUUUAGCAGCAUUGAAAAAGAUUUGUAUAAAAAGUCUGCAAAACCAUUUUACCUCCCACAUUACUUUCUAUACAUUUCUUGGAUUCUUUGUGUUGGAACAAUUUUUGGACUUGGUUGUGUUAUAUUAUUGUAUGGAAUGUCUUUUGGGAAUAAAAAGUCAUUGGAUUGGUUAUCAAGUGUGACUCUUGGAUUGAUCCAUGAUACAGUGCUUAUUCAACCAACUAAAAUUUUUUUAUUUGCAUUACUUUAUGCAUUUACUUCUAAAGUAACAGUUUAUAAAGAAAAGUAUGUGCUUUACAUACAAGGUAAAACACUCGCUCACAAUGAGAGUUGGCUUCAUACAAAAAUAAACGAAGAAAUAACUUCUAAUCAAAUAAACACUUCUACAGCACCACCAACAAAGUCUUCAAUUAAGAUUAUGAAAGAAGCUCGAUUAUUGCAGCUGAAGUUGUAUUCAACUGCGUGGGAGCUUCUUCUCUACUGCUUAUUUUCCAUGGUUGUUUUUUACCUUGGAUACAUGUCAAAAGAAAAGAGUUCAUAUUUUCAAACACGAGAUGUAGAAGAACUUUUUAACCUUAAACUAAGAACAACCACAAAAGUUUAUAAAAAUUUUCAAGUUUUAGAAAGGCUUCAAUCCUCUAAAGAUUUCUGGUCAUGGAUUGACCUUUUUUUUCUUCCAAUAAUACAUCCUGAGCCCUGGUUCAAUUUAAGUGACAAGUUCAUAGGUACAGAGUACAUGGAUUUUCCUGGAAAAAUAUUUUUGCCUGAUCUCACAUCUAAGGUUAUUAAUGGAAUACGAAUUAGACAAGUUCGGGUGAAACCAGAUUCUUGUGUUAAACCCACAGUCUUGACUGCAUAUAUUAAUCUUUCUUGUUUGUCUGCCUAUAAAGAUUCUGUUAGAGAAACAAACAACUUUGACUUAGAUUGGACCAGACCAACAAUAAAUAAUAAUUCUCAUUCAAGUACAUUAUCAUUGCCUUGGAGGUAUCAAACUUCAGAAGAAUUAGAUGGGUACUCAUUCUCAUCUGCUUUGGAAGUCUAUGACGGUGGAGGUUAUGUUAUUGAAAUAUUUCCAAAAAGAAAAAAUCAAAUAUUUAUAGAUCAUUUAAAGCAAAAAAAAUGGGUUGAUCGCCAAUCACGGGCUUUAAUCUUUGAGUUUGCCUUAUUCAAUGCAGCUACAAAUUAUUUUAAUAUGGUCACUAUAACAUUUGAGUUUCCUCCUUUUGGAGGAGUUUUAACUUGUUUUAAUGUAAAUACCUUUAUGGUCUAUGGAUCAACUAAAGAACAUGCCCUUGGUGUCAUCGGCUCACAAUUAUUUUUCCUACUUAUGACAUUAAUUUUUGCUGUUCGUGAAUUUAAAAUAUUUUAUAGAAAAGGAUGGAGUUAUUUUGUUGAAUUUUGGAAUGUUGUUGAAGCAUUUUUAUUUUUUCUUUCUCUACUUGCUGUUAGUUUCUUCAUUUAUAAAGGUCUACUUGCAAAAAAACUGAUGAGCCGUCUUCAAGAUAAGCAACCAGAAAAUUUUAUAAACUUUAUGUUUGCUUUUCAUAUAGAUUCUAACUACACUUGUAUUGUCUCAUUAAUUGUUUUUUUUGUUAAUUUAAAAUUUCUCAAAUUACUUCGGUUCAAUCGUCGUGUUUCGGUGCUUUCCUCUACACUAAAAGUUGCUUUUUAUCCACUUUUAAUGAUUGGAAUUGUAUUCGUCCUUAUUCUUUGGGCAGUAGUCCUUUUUUCUAAUAUUGCAUUUGGUUCUUUCUUAGAUGGUUACCAAACGCAUUUUCAAACAGUUACUUCAAUAGGAUCAUUAUUAUUAGGAAAAUUCAGUUUUGAAACUUUUGCCGAAAGUCCUGUUCUUGGUCCAAUAUUUUUCUUUGGAUUUAACUUUUUUAUGGUUUGGAUAUUUAUGAACAUGCUAAUAUCAAUACUUAAUGAUUCACUGGCAUCUGUGCAUUCAAAUAAAAAUUUUCAAAAUAAUGAUUAUGAGAUGAUAGACUACUUUGUAGCUCAAUUUAAAGGAUUGUUUAGUCUAAAUAAUAAACAAGACACAAAAAACUUACCGCUAAAUGUUAAUUGUAAGCAAUUGCUACCUGAGUCAUCCUUAAUAUGCGCAUCUGAAAAUCUGUACGACUGCUGCUUUGUUAGUAAAGUGCCUUUUCAUGAAAAUACACUUAUGGAUCUAGAUGACGAUGAGAUUAUGAGUAAAGUACUUGGAAAAUUUGUUAGCUGUUUAAUUUUGGUAUAUAAUCGAAAUAUUAUAAAAACAAUAAGAUGUUGUGAAAGUGUAGAGAACGAGUCGAAAACGAAAUGCAAUUAUUAUAAUGUCAUGUCGAGAACGAAGUGUAUUGGGAAUAAUGUAAUGUCGAAAAUGAAAUUUGUUGGCAAUAAAGAUAUGUCAAGAACAAUAUUUGUUGACAACUAUAUCAAGUCAAGAACAAAUUGCUUUGAAAAUAAUGAGAUAUUGUUACAAAAACAAAAGUCGAUGUUAAACAAAGAUCGUAAUUAUAUUGAUUGAUUAUGUAAAUAUAAGUUUUCAACAUUAAGAAUACAGUCUGUGUUUUUA